AAUAGCCACGCGCCUUCAGAUUCAGGCAGCCGCUGGCUCGGCGUUUGCGCACCAGGAGUUUGUUGCUGCUGUAGCCGCCUGGAAUUGUGGGGAUUGUGUCUGCCCCUCGGCUGCGGUGGAAAGCCGAAGGUCCUGGUUAUGGCUCCUCAGCACCUGCUUUCAACUAGGAUGGCCCAACGAGGAAUGCUGCUGGGGCUGCUGUUGACGUCCUGUUUAACUGUCUGCCUCAGUUGUCAGAACUCAAAUAAUUUUGCGCUCACCAACCCAGAGAAGAGCAUCCACAAGGAAUCAGAUACAAAGGAAACCAGAAGAGAGGAGGAGCUAGACACCGAGGUCCUAGAGGUGUUUCACUCAACCCAAGAGUGGCAGACUCUUCAACCAGGUCAGGCUGUUCCUGCAGGAUCCCAUGUGCGAAUGAACCUACAGACUGGAGUAAAUGAGGUGAAACUCCAACAAGAAGACAAAUCCCAAAAUAAUUUGAAAGGAUUUAAAAGAGGCAGAAGGCUGGACAUCAACACCAAUACAUACACAUCUCAAGACCUCAAGAGCGCACUGGCCAAAUUCAAGGAGGGGGCAGAGAUGGAGAAUUCAAAGGAUGAAUUGGCAAGACAGGCCACAAUAAAGCAGCUCUUCCGUCCCAUCGAGGAGCUGAAGAAGGAAUUUGAUGAGCUGAAUGUUGUUCUUGAGACUGACAUGCAGAUUAUGGUUCGGCUGAUAAACAAGUUCAACAGCUCCAGCUCCAGCCUAGAGGAGAAGGUUGCUGCACUCUUUGAUCUUGAGUACUAUGUCCAUCAGAUGGAUAACGCACAGGACCUGCUGUCCUUUGGUGGCCUUCAAGUGGUGAUUAAUGGGCUCAACAGCACAGAGCCCCUGGUGAAGGAGUAUGCUGCUUUUGUGCUGGGGGCUGCCUUUUCCAGCAAUCCAAAGGUCCAGGUGGAAGCCAUUGAAGGCGGAGCUCUGCAGAAGCUGCUGGUCAUCCUGGCCACAGAGCAGCCUCUCCCUGUGAAGAAGAAGGUCCUGUUUGCACUGUGCUCCUUGCUGCGCCACUUCCCCUAUGCCCAGCAGCAGUUCCUGAAGCUUGGGGGGCUGCAGGUCCUCAGGAGCCUGGUGCAAGAGAAGAGUGAGAAGGUACUGGCCGUGCGUGUGGUCACCCUGCUCUAUGACCUGGUCACCGAGAAGAUGUUUGCUGAGGAGGAGGCAGCGCUGACCCAGGAUUCAUCCCCAGAGAAGCUGCAGCAGUACCGCCAGGUGCACCUCCUGCCAGGCCUUCGGGAACAGGGCUGGUGUGAGAUCACCGCCCAGCUCCUGGCACUUCCAGAACAUGAUGCUCGGGAGAAGGUGCUGCAGACGCUGGGCGCCCUCCUGACCACCUGCCGGGAUCGCUACCGGCAGGACCUCCAGCUGAGCAGGACACUAAGCAGUCUCCAAGCAGAGUACCAAGCCCUGGCCUCCCUGGAACUCCAAGAAGGCGAAGAUGAUGGCUACUUCUGGGAGCUGCUGGCCUCCAUCGACAGCUUGAUGAAGGAACUAAGAUGAGGCCGCCAUGCUGAGACCAGGGCUAGACUGACACUGCUCCUGAGAGACCAGUGGCUCCUCAGGGACGUCAACCACGAGGCGGACUUCCCUACUGGGCAUGAGCUUUAUCUGGGCAGAGCUGGCUAGGUCAUUAAACAGAGACGUGAAGACUGUG